AUGGCUUCUAAAUCACCGACGAGUCAUCCUCUUCACAGUCAACCAUCUUCUUCCGUCGGCCUACCGCUUGCAAACCGAACAUCGUUAGUUUGAUUGAAAAAAAAAGACCAAAGGUGAUUUCGUUCAGAGUUGGAUUAAUAUCUUACAAUCCCUUUUUAACAACUGAAGAAGGUAAUUUUUUUUUCUUACAGUUAUUGGUUGAAAGUUUAAGGAGUGGAUUUUGAUGGGUCAGCUGCAGGACAGUUUGACUUUGAAAAUAUUGAGAAGGUUUUUGUCAUUUUUUCGAGUUUAAUUUUUUUCAAUCAGGUGACCAAAGACUUGUUACACUACAUGGAAACCUGCAAAUACCCAUUCAUAAACGACGUGAAUUGCUACGAAAAGCUGCAAAAGAUUGGUCAAGGAACUUUUGGGUGAUUUUUCAGUAGAAUUGAAUAAAUGAAAGCUAAAUUUCAGAGAGGUUUUUAAAGCUCGAUGUAAGAAAACAGGAAGACUCGUUGCGUUGAAAAAAAUAUUGAUGGAGAAUGAAAAGGAAGGGGUUAGUGGAAAAGCCUUGCCUGGAAUUAAAUUCAGAAUUUUUUCAGUUUCCAAUAACAGCUUUGCGAGAAGUGAAAACGCUACAGCAACUAAAACAUCCCAACAUCACAGAUCUGAUUGAAGUUUGCUGUACUCGAUGUUCGAAAAGUGGUUUCUAUUGUUUUUAUUGAAUCUGUUCAGCUGCACGAAACAGCAGCGAAAAGCCGACGUUUUACUUGGUCUCUGCUUUCUGCGAUCACGACCUCGCUGGUCUUGUGAGCAACCAUCGUGUCAAAUUGUCGGCGGUCCACGUUAAAACAAUGAUGAAGGUCUGUUUUCCUGUUUCCAUAGCUUUGUCGAUCUCAAUCUGGCUUUCUAGCAUCUUCUGAGCGGUUUAGACAAGUUACACCGGAUGAAAAUUUUGCACCGAGACAUGAAAGCUGCGAAUGUCUUAGUUUCACACGAAGGGGUUCUGAAACUGGCUGAUUUCGGCCUAGCUCGGCCAUUCAUCGUUAGUGAGUUUUUUGCAUGAUUCUCUUCAAAAAGCUUCUUAGAUUCCGGCCCCAACCCGAAACAGUUGUACACGAAUCGAGUUGUUACGUUGUGGUACAGGCCUCCAGAACUUCUCCUGGGUUAAUUUCUUAUUCUGAAGCUUCUUCUCACAUUCAUGAUCUUCAAGGAUCUCGACAAUACGAUACGACGAUUGACGUUUGGGGCGUCGGUUGUAUAAUGGCCGAGCUUUUCACUCGAGUCCCCAUUAUGCAGGUCAAAAACCUUUCUUAAGGAUUUUCGCUAUGUCUUUAUUCUUUAGGGUGAAACAGAGCAACGGCAACUUUACCUCAUCAAUCAACUCUGUGGCUCGAUUAAUCCAGAGGUGAGACAGAUUUUUAUCCUUUAAAAAUGCUCAAAAUCCAAGGUUUGGCCAGAAGUCGACAAACUUCCGUUGUACAAAAAUAUGGCUUCUUCGAUGCCACCGGAAUCGAAGCGGAUACUCAAGGAAAAGCUAGUUCUCUAUGUAAAAGUGAGUUUGAAACUUCAAUUCGAAAAACUGAGAUUUAUUUCAGGAUGAGUACGCGAUGAACUUGUUGGAAGAACUUCUGACGUUGGAUCCGAGCAAAAGGCCAACGGCGGACAAAGCCAUUUAUCAUACCUACUUCUACAAACAACCGGAGCCCAAGGACAACAUUUCGGAUCUCAUCCGAACUAUCCCAGUUUGUUUUUCUUUUUAGGGAUAUUUUUAAACCAGCAGAACCGACAAAUUUGCAGAUAUAUGACAAAGAUUUUUGAGCGAAAAUUUUUAACCAUAUUUUUUCACUAUAUAUCGGUUGGAUCCCACACUAGCCUUUUGCGCGCGAAAUUUGAAAAUAAAAAAGUAGGCCGCACCCCGGGAUGGAUUCCAGUCGUUUUCACGUACUUUUUUGCUUACUUUUGUUUUUUGUUGACCGAAAAGUCUACAGAAAACGAGAGAAUCAGAAAAAAGAGGGAAAAAAGUGUUUUGGGUUCUCGAAAAGGGGAGCUUUCAGUAAAAUCGGAGUUCACAAUGAACCAGAAAACUAUUCAUAUUUUGCUCGUUAAUUACUUUGAUGAAAUAUACAUGAAAAAAAUAUGAAGUUUCACUAAGGGCCUUGAACCUAUCUUUGAAAAAUUUUUUUAAAAACCACAAUCAAAAAAAGUAAAAACCGCACUAGCCACACGAAUUUGAAGAUAGAUAUUAUCUGUAGAAAUUUGAGAACUCGCUGUUCGAGUUCACGACUGGCCGAGGAGCUCAUGCCAAUCGUGGAAGAGGUCAGCAUCAUCAGAGACCCCAACAAGGACAGCGGAAACCGCAAAACGUCCCUGCAGGACAGUUCCGAGACAUGAUUUUUUAG